AUGGCCUACUGGCAUGACCGUCCUGCGACCGCGGCUGUCUACAUUGUCAUUUGCCUGCUGACUGUCCUCCUCCGCCCGACCUCUGCCCUUUCAUCUGUCUCCGGAUCGCCCUGCGAGUCCGUCUGCUCGGACGCCGGUAAUCUCGAAGACGACAUCGUCUGCCUCGACGCUGACUACCAGUCUCUCAGUAAAGGUCGAGCUUUUCAAAAAUGUGUGGGGUGUCAAUUGAACAGUACGGCCGUAGACACAGGCAAGAAUGAGACAGAUGUAGAAUGGGGAUUGUGUAUGCAAGACCACAUCUGCGAGGAAACAGGUGCUGAUUACAGUCAAGUGGCCCUCCGCUUCACACUGGCAGGGUGCAUGUUCGCCAUUCCUGAACCACACAUUUCCAUCAGCAGUCCUUGUCAAGUCAGCUGCGCUCUGCUGAACGAGUCGAUCGGAUAUCAAGUUACGACCGACUCAUCGGAUGCCGAGCCUGGAAAUGAUUACUGCACAGAGGCACCCUUUGACGAUGACACCAUCAACAAGUGCGCGUUCUGCUACAGUUUCAUCCCGCAACAAUUAUACCUGGCAAACUUCUUACAAGCCCUACACAUCUCCUGCCGCGACCCGCCCCAGCCAGGAGAACCAUUCUUUCCAGACGCCGCCGCCAUUUUCAACGAGACACUGAUCGCCGGCCCUGCUCCCCCUUCCAACAGCACCUCCUCCGGUGGCGGCCUGCACGGCUGGCAAUUAGGGAUUGCGAUCGCCCUACCCAUCGUCGGCGGCAUUUUACUGAUUGGCGGCACAUGCUGGGGCUGCUUCGUCUUCACACGACGGCGCCGACAAAAGAUGGCGCAGACAGGUCGCAUGUCGCGCGUCCACGACGCUCACGCCGAUAGCAUGUACAGCCCGAUGUCCGCGAAAGCAGAAGCGUCUUGGAAAGCAGAGGCAUGGGGCCAAGCAGAGCCGCCGCGCGAAAUGCACGCUAUCAGCCCGACGCUCUUGCACGCCGGACAUGGUGGAAAGCAUCCAAGUCCAGGCAUCGCGCAGGGCAGAUGGAGUCAUCACACUGGAGGGGAGAAUUCGGAGCAAAAUACGCCGCUAAGAAGCAGUUUCCAGCGCGAUGACGUUGGGCCGGGGACCGGACAGGUGCAAGACCCCAAUUUGCAUGAGCAGUACUUUGGUGUUGGAGGGGACGUGGAUGUGGAUAUGGAUGAUACUGAGGGAGCAGAUCACCGCGAGGAUGGUCUCGUGGGACCCAGUGCGGUGGGCGCUGUCGGUGUUCCGCAUGGAUAUGAACAUGGAUACGAGCAUGGACAAGGAUAUUACACCACUAACGACCAAGAUCCGCGUGGACAGCUCCGCGUGCACGAUGAUGAGAGGGGGGAAUUCAUUUGA